CGCAGCAUCUCCGGCCGUGGAAGCAGCGCAGAGGCAGGACCUCGAUCUGGGACCAAAACGCGUCAGUGACAGCUUCCAAAUACAGAGCCUUGCGAUUGGGUCGAUACCGCUGGUGUAUGAUCUCGCAGCCAUGUUCGCGAAAGCCACCGGAAACUUCGUCCGUCAGAUCGACCCGGAGGGAUGUCUUAUCCCUGUGACGCGCCUGAACAACUCUGACAAGCUGAACCUGCUGUCGCUGGUCAUCAAACGCAACCGUCUCUGGUUCUGGCAGAGACCCAAGUACCUGCCGUCCGACUUCACCCUGAGCGACGUGCUAGACGGGGACACACCCAUCAACCCAGGUGUGGAGGAGUCAGACUUCCUCAGGUACGAGGGGACGUUUAGGGACACUGUGUCUGGGAAGCUGGAGGCCGGGGCGGGGCAGGUGAAUCUCAGCUUGGAGGGGCGGGGAUCCUCCAAACUGCAGUCCUCCUUUGGCAAUCUGAAAAAACAGGAAGCGGAUGUCCAGAAACUGCUGCAGGACUGCAGGGACAGGGUUCUGAACCUGGAUCACCGGCUGCUGCGGCAGACCCGGGGGCGGCAGCGGGACGUGGUGGCGGUUCUGAAGGAGCGGAUCGUCUCCACACAGCCGUGCUCCAUCUCGCAGCAGGUGAAGGAGCUGAGCACCUGUGGCGCCAUGCUGGGGCUGCUGGGACCGGGGCCUGUGCAGGUGUCUGUGCAGGAGAACGGAAGCGUUGGGAUGGACAGUAACAUUUCCAUGGAGAUCCCCGCAGGGACAGUCCUCGCAUACAGUCUCAUUGAGCUGGAGGUGAAGCUCAGCGGACAGUUUGAGCUCUGCCUGCAGCCAGACACUCCUGGAGGGUUUGAGGUGGAUGGAAGGACAGGGUCUCGACCCCAGAACCCCCUGGCGGUCGUGUCAGAGAUGGACAUGGUGGAUGGGAUGGGCUCAGAUCCUGGGAGGGAACCAAUCAUUAUCCUGCAGAAAGACCUGCAGGGGCUGAAGGUUCAUUUCCAGCAGCUGGCGGAUCUCCCGGUGCCGACCCGGUCCAAACUGUUCCUGCUCCUGAAGGAGGUACUGCUGGACAGAGAGGUGCUAACCAUGCUGGAAGGCACGCUGAAUGAGUGGCUCAGUGGAGAGACUCCCAGCGUUGGACAGUUGGAGGAGUUAUCACCUGCUCAGAGGGGCAUGGUCAGAGAGCUGCUGGACCUGCUGCAGCUCAGCGGGCUGAAAGGGGCGGGUCAGGACCAGACUGACAGUCCUGCCAUCUCCCCUCUCCUCACCGCCAUGCACCUGCUCAUCAGUGCUGUGGAGGAGAUGAGUGACGCUGUUCUCUCUCUGCUGGCGGCCUGCUACAGUCCUCCUGUGCUCAGAUCCCUGCGAGACCUGGUGAAUGGCCUGAUGGUGAAUGGGGAGUCAGCCCUGGCUGAUGAAGGGGUGUGCCAGAGAGCGGAGCAGCUGUUAUCCUCCUCCAAUGUGACACUGAGGAAGGAGAUGGGCCGGCUGCGGGCAGAGACCGGGCGUCGGCCGGGACUCCGCCCCCUCAUCAUGUGCGUAGUGGUGCACGGCCUCGCCGCCCUGGCUGUGGGGGGUUAG